GGAAGUGGGGGAGCCCUAGCAGGGUUAAGGGGAGGAGCCUUUACACGCCCACUCAGGGAUUUUCCCUAUGUGUGGGGACUUCAGACUCAAACUGUUUGGCUGGGACAUACCCCUGCUGACGUUCUCUAGAGCUGUUUGCCUAGGGCUGGAAACAGAAGCUGCUUCACCUCUGUUCACACAGCUCCUCCUGCAAAGAACAAAUCACUCUCCUCAGCAAUCCAAGACAGCAGCAAGCCAUGCUUUCGGCAUACUACACCCAGCUUGUCAUCCUGAGCAAUGUAUGGUGUUUCAUUCGUGGGACUGCUGUGGCCAUUCCAGAGGUUGCAGUGACGUGUACAGAAGAAGCGCUGCUGCCCUGUGAAGCUCCUCGGGACUCACAAGUCACCUAUGAGGCAGUGUCCUGGCACAAAAUUGUUGGAAAUGGUGAAGAACUGGCAGAGAUGGUACGGAAGAACCUUGAGAAUGGUGUGGAAUAUUACUAUCCAAAAAAACGUAAUGGAUCCUUGCAGCUCUCCAGUGACACCUCAUAUUCCUUGAGAAUCACAAACACUACUAGCCACAACAGUGGGACGUAUGGGUGCAUCUUGUGGGCACCAGCUGGAAAACACAACCAAAGUGGCACAAUCAUAUUAAAAGUAACAGGUUGUACUGAACGAUUAGAUGAAAAAAUUAAAAAAUACAGAGCGGAGCUUUUAUUGUUGUCCUGCCUUGGGAUUUUUUACUUGCUGCUCAUCUUUUUUACCUGUACAUGCCUAAAAAAAGAGAACAUGCUUCCAGGUUAUCAUAAACACAGAAGAGAACAGAAACAGACACUUAUCCUUGUCAGUGCACAAGAAAAGAAGAUUAUCCAGUGUUUAGGCAGCAACAGCACUUGCAAAAAUGGACCUAAUUUGAGUUCUGGCCAAGCUGAUGUAGUUUAAGAAACGGUGGGCUCAUUAAUAAACACGUCAUGAAGAUGGAUGGUUGGGCAACAUAGAGAGGAAAUAAAAGCUAACAUACUGCCUCUUCAGGGUAGCCCGAUAGCUUGGGUAAUCUGUCAAAUACCUGCUUCUGCUGGACAAGUCUUCAAAGAGUAUCUUCAUACAGUACAAUAACUGUUGAAUUUAAGGUGACUAACAAAUACCAAUGCCGCACUACAGCUUUGUUACAAGGCUACAAUAAUGUUGGCAUGUGCUCCAUUUCAAUCCAUUAUACCCAUCUUGUUCUGAGAGAGGCUAUUUCUACCAUCUGAAAAGUAGGUUACAGAGAGGAUUUGAUGGUGCUGAUUUAGGGGAUUAAGUUAUCGACUGAACUAAUAUCUCAGCUCUUUUAACAGUCAUGCACUACUGCUGCUGCAGUACAGUUUUUCAGAAAGCUAAGCAUAUAGGUUUCACUCUCCUCUGGACGGUGAGCUCUUGUUUUUGACGGCAUUCACUACCAUGAUUGAGAAGUAUGGAUACAUAACAGCCUGGAGAUUCACUAAAUCCAACCAGAUUUAUUUUUAUUUUAUUGGUUAAUCUCAGAGUGAUUGAUGGACAGAGAGAUGUAAGAGAGACAGACAACAUCCUGGAAAUCUUUCCCUAGUAUGCAGACCCUUCCAUUAGUGCAAGGAGUGCAGAUAAAUAAGAGGCCGUCAAUGAUUUCCCAAGAGCACCCUUACUUCAGGGAACAUUUAUAUAUAUAUAUACACAGCUACAAAUUUAUUAUGCUUUUUAAACCUACCACAUUAGUGAAGAAGCAUGUGCUAGUCAAAAGACUUAUAAACAGAUGGAUUCUUCUAUGGUUUUAUAAAAUACAUGAGACUGAAUUUAUCUCUGGUUUAAAUCAGUGGAAUUACACUAGGGCAAAUAGGGCCUGUGGCUUGCAAAAUCAGUCAUUUGUGUGGGGGGUUAACCUGCCCUUGGAAUAUACUGAGAAAGCCAAGAGAUAGGAGAGGAGAUGGAAUAACUGAGCAGCUACUUUUGGCUGCUCAUGGUAUAUACUGAGUAUAUAAAAUGAGGAUGUGAGGAAAGCUAAGUUCAAGUAUCUCUAGGGAAAGGAGACCUGUCACCUUGAACCAAAGAGAGCAAGGGAUGUUCCAGACCUAAAUUGAUGGAAUCUGAGAGGUCAGAACUUCCCUCACUAGCUUGCCUGCAUGCAAGUUCAGGUAAGAAUACAGUUUAGAGGGAUUCUAGAAGUUUGUGCUUGAGGUUCGAAUCUGUGAAAUGAGGAGCAUGACAGGGUAGAUUUGCAAUCAUUUAACAAUACCAUUAAAAUAAUUGUAUAAAAAUUGGAUUAAAUAAUUAUAAAAGCUAAUUGAUGUAGUAUAAUUGAAAAAAGGGAUUGUAAUUCUAAAUUGUGUAAAGACUUUCCUUUGACUGUAUUGAAGGUUUGAUGGGAGGAAAGCACAUUGCAUCACUCAACAAUGCCCCUUUUGGCCAAUUAAAGUUCUGCACCAAUUGAGUUUCAAGGGAAUUCUGCCCAGUUUUGGCCGGAAGGACUGUGGGGGUGCAGGACUGACUAUGUUAUUUAUUUGGUGCAUGCUAGAUUACCACCACGCAUUUGCUUUUAUGUAAUCAAUUUUACAUAUAAAUACAUGUCCUGUAAGUGAAAUUAAAUUCAGAGGUAACCUACCUACCUGUAUUCGUGUGUGCCAUGUAUUGUAAAUAAAU